CGAUUCAGUCAGGUAAAUACUACAGACCAGACCAGACCAGACCAGACCCAUUUGUAUAGCAGUCCCAAAAAGUACACCGAUAAAACAUCUCUACUUUGGUUAAACAUUUUCGAGUCAGAACAAAGGAUAGCAGCAAUACAUAAUGGGGCAGACACUGUCGCAGCCGGUGACCACCAAGAACUCGGCCGAGUACGAGAACAGUCUCUUCCGCGUGGGAUCCAGCAGCAUGCAGGGCUGGCGCACUGAAAUGGAGGACGCCGACACCAUCAUCCUCUCGCUGCCACAGGACCCCACUGCCUCCUUCUUCGGGGUAUACGAUGGACAUGGCGGUGCUUCAGUGGCCAAAUAUGUAAGUCUUCAUCUGCACCAGUUCAUUACCAAGCGACGGGAGUACUUUGACAACGACGUGGAGCUGGCUUUGAGGCGCGGGUUCCUGGACCUUGACAAAGAGAUCAUGCAGAAUGGAUCCUGGCAGCAGCAGACAGCGGGCUCAACCGCUGUGGUAGUACUGAUCAAGGAGCAGCGUCUCUACUGUGCCAAUGCUGGGGACUCGCGGGCCAUUGCCAGCAUUGGGGGCAAGGUUCACGCCCUUUCCUGGGACCACAAGCCACAACACGAUUUGGAGACUAGCCGCAUCCUGGCCGGCGGUGGUUUUAUCGAGCUCAAUCGCGUCAAUGGCAUUCUGGCCCUCUCUCGGGCCUUUGGCGACUGCAUGUACAAGCGUAACAUGUACAUGCCACCGGAGCAGCAGAUCGUCACCGCCUAUCCCGAUGUGGAGGUGGUCGACCUCACAGAGGACUGGGAGUUCGUGGUCCUCGCCUGCGAUGGCAUCUGGGAUGUGAUGUCCAAUCAGGAGGUGUGUGACUUUGUGCGAAAGCACCUCGCCGCGGGCAUGACCCCGGAGUGCAUUUGCGAGGAGCUGCUGAACAGCUGCCUGGCCACCGACUUCAACAUUACCGAGGUUGGAGGCGACAACAUGACUGCCAUUCUGGUCUGCUUCCUACACAACAAGACGUUCGAGGAUCUGGUGGUUCGCUGCGGCGGCCCCAUUCAGAGACCCACCUUAAUGGAUUCUUCAAAAUCCAUAUGGUCUAAUAUCUAAGCACCUUUGGGAACCAAAUUUUUAAUUAUUUGUUAUUGUUUUUGAAGGCUUGGCAGCCGCAUAGUUAUUAACACUGGGGUGUGGUGGCAUACACACGACCAUACACGUAGAUCGAGUGUUUCGAUCCGCAGCCCACAGUCCACACACUAAUUGUAUUCCAAAUCUUCAUGUUUCGUUAAAAAUUUAAUAAAAUGUUAACAUUAAACAGCAAUCAA